UAACAAAAUUUUAAAUUGAAAUUGAACUAAAAUCAAUUUGUCAAAAAAACUGGACUCUUAAACUUUCAUUUAUGGGCUUACUUUAGUCUCAAUAAAACAACAACACGAAUACUUUAUUGGGCCUAAACUCGGACACUGACUCACUGAGCAUCACAUUUUCCUAAACUGUAUCCCCCAAAAUAACAUAUCGAUGAUUGCGUAAAACCCUUAAAUUUAAUCAUGUUUGUCCUCCGCAAAACCCUAAAACCAUCGUCUGUCUUCACCACAAUCCACCGAUUCAUAGCCACCGUUAAUCUCCCUGAACCACGGAGCUCCGCUGCGUACGACGACCUAAUCGCCAGUGCCGGUCACAAACGAGACUUCGCCACCGUUCACCACCUCCUUAAUCAACGUUAUGCGAAAGGUUUCCUCACCACCAACAACACAUUCAAGUUCAUUUCAACGGACAUCUCUGUUCUCAAUGAGCUCUUAAAAACCUUAUCAGCUCUCAACGAAGGACACUGCCGCAAGAGCGCGUAUGAUUCACUCAUCUCAUGGCUCUGCAAGGUGAAGCUCACCGAAGCGGCUCUGCGAGUGGCGGACGCGGCGAUCCAUGGAAAAUACGGCGCCGAUGCUUCCAGUUUUCACCCAAUCCUCAGCCUCCUCACACGGAAGAAGAAUUUCGACGAAGCGUGGCGCGUGAUCGAGUUCAUGAGAGCGAAUGGCAUUUCUCGUGAUAUUACAUCUUACAACUUUUUUCUAACGUCAUACUCAAUCACCGGAAAUCUGAAAUCUUGCGCCGAUGUUCUGAAAAAAAUGGGAGAAGAAGGACUGAAGGCGGACGGUAGGACGUACGAUGCGCUGGUGCUCGGCGCGUGUAAGGCGGGGAAGAUGGAUGGGGCGAUGGCUAUUCUGCGGAGGAUGUUGGAUGAUGGAAUUGAGGCUAUGUACGCCACCUAUGCGCAUGUUAUCGGAAACCUGGUGAGGUUAGGCUAUUGUGCGCAGGCGGUGGAGUUUGUAAUGAGUUACGCAGGUAAGAACCCAAAACUGGACUCGCAUAAUUUUGGGUUAUUGGCCACUCGUUUGAUAGCAGUUGAAAAAGUGAAUGAAGCCAAGUAUGUGUUAGAGGAAAUGGUAAAAAGGGAUAUACAAUUUGGUGAAAAGUUGCAAAAAUUUUAUAACGAGAAUGUUAAAGUUUAAACUAAAUUUGGCACUAUGGGUGUUUGACAAUUGACAUAGAGUAUGAUUAUAUUGGAUACAAUACAUAAAAACAUGUUUGGCAUUAAUUUUUCA